AUGAUGUCUCGACAGUCAGUUGGAUCUUUUCUACCGAAACCAAAGAAUGCUGAAAAAGAGAAUCCCCGGUAUGCUGAAGUAGUCUCCGAAGACGAAGCGGAUGCCUCAGUGUCAAAGUCAACCAGUAUAUCCAUUAGAAAUGAGUCAGUUGCAAUAGUAAAGCCAAAGACCUCGACUACUUUGGCCCUUCAAAGAAAUUCUCAAGGUGCACUUGAUUAUAGUGGGGUUAUCGCCAGGCAGGGCCACGAUUCCAAACGUAUCAUACAAACUUCGUACUCAGACCUGAUUCCACUUCGACAGCGAGCUGCGGAAAUAAAUCUCGAAAAGCCUACCCAAGAGCAAGUUGAUCUCACUACCGAGCGUACAAAGGCUGCUCUAGAAAAGAUCAUAUCUGGAAAGGUAGAAUCAUCUCGACCCCAGUCUGUGGUCAAGAAAGCCAAUGAACCUACAUAUGUUCGAUAUACACCAGCAAGCGCGCCAGCAUCAGGCUCUGCUCCAAGACAAAGAAUUAUAAAAAUGGUUGACCGAGCAGAGGACCCUUUAGCGCCUCCAAAGUUUAAGCAUACAAAAGUACCAGGAGGUCCACCUUCACCUCCACCACCAGUACUACGGUCUCCACCGAGGAAACUAACAGCAAAGGAUCAGGAAGAUUGGUAUAUUCCACCUAGCGUUUCAAACUGGAAAAAUCCAAAGGGUUUUACUAUUGCAUUAGACAAGAGAGUGGCUGCUGAUGGGAGAGGUCUUCAAGAAGCUGUUGUCAAUGACAAUAUGGCCAAGCUUGCUGAAGCUUUAUAUGCUGCUGACCGCAGUGCAAGGGACGAGAUUCGUCAGCGGGCAGCCAUGCAACAAAAACUUGCUGAGAGAGAAAAUGCAGUUAAAGAAGAAAAAUUGAGGCAGUUGGCCCAACAAGCUAGGGAAGAAAGAACCAAGAUUAGUGCCAGUUCGUCUGCCACCCGUCCUAGAGAUGAGUUUAGAGAUAGGUCUCCGGUCAGAAGGAAGCGAUCAGUAUCUAGAUCUGACUCGCGCUCAAUAUCUCGCUCGCCAGAUCGCUCCAGAUCACCCUCAUAUCGACGCCGUUCAAGGUCACCCUCCCGCUCGCCAGACAGAGGUGAACAAGAGCGUGCUCGUAUCAGAAGUGAGCGUAAGAAAGAAGCGGAGAGAGAACUAAGAAAGUCGCGAAUGGGUGCUGAACGUAGGGUUAAGAUGCUUGCUCGCGAAAAUGAUAGAGAUAUUUCUGAAAGAGUUGCGCUAGGCGUUGCUAAACCGACUAGAGCCACUGGUGAAUCGCAGUUUGAUGCUCGACUUUUCAGUCAAACAUCUAAUUCUGGCGGUCUUGGAGGAAGCGGUUAUAGUGAAGACCAGGUUUAUGAUAAAUCCUUAUUUUCAGCCCAAGAGGCAGUUAGGUCAAUCUAUCGACCUCGUGGCAACGUGGAUGCCGAUGACGGUGGCGAUGCAGAACUUGACAGAAUCAAUAAAGAAAAGCGAUUCCAGGGACUUGGCGCCCUAAAAGAGUCGGAAGGAGGUAGUGAAGGACCAGUUGAAUUUGUUAAGGAUACUGAUGAUGAUCCAUUCGGAGUUAACCAGAUGGUUGACCAAGUUAAGAAGAAUACUAAAUAUGGCUUGAACUAA